AUGACCGCUUCGCGAAACGGAGAUCAAGUGUGGCCUGAUGUAUUCAAUCAGGAUGAUCCCACGAGUCAAAGCGAAUCGGAAUUGAUUAAAGUCUUCGAAAGGAAGGAAGUAAUAAGAAAAUUAAAAUCUAAAUCUAAUACCUCACCCGGACCGGAUGGAUUAACAUAUGGUGAUCUUAGAAAGGCGGACCCAGGAGCCUUUGUAUUGACAGCAUUGUUCAAUGCAGUGUGGCGGCUCGAAGUAGUGCCUGGUUGCUGGAAGGACUCCAAUACUAUACUACUACACAAGAAAGGACCGGAGAGUGACAUAUCCAAUUGGCGACCUAUUGCGAUGGGAGAUACGUGCCCGAAACUCUUUGCCGCUAUAGUUGCGGACAGAGUCAAGACCUGGGCAAUCGCCAACAGAAGAUACAGCACAUCACAAAAGGGAUUUCUUCCGUACGAGGGAUGCUAUGAACACAACUUUGUUCUUCAGGAGACCAUCCAACAAGCCAGGCGCGAUAAAGGAGAGGUGGUUGUCGCCUGGCUGGACUUAGCUAUCCAUAGGGCUCUUGAACAUCACGGAAUGCCAGUAAAAGUAAGAAAACUAAUCAAUUCGCUCUACAAAAACACGAUUACUAAAGUUCGUACCUCGGAGGGAUUCACUGAUCCAAUCAAGCUACAGUCCGGCGUAAAACAGGGUUGCCCACUUAGUCCGCAUAUAUUUAAUCUCACCCUGGAGGUGGUUAUACCCGCGCCAUGGAAUCGACAGAGAGCCAGCUCAGAAUUAGUUUUUCUGCCACCUUCUAUGGGAGGUGGAGGUUUAAUGCCAUUAAGCGACCUGCUCGACUUAUACACCGUAACGCAUGCUUUUAAAAUGUUAUGUGCUACGGAUGAUCUAGUGAGUGUACUAGCGAGGGAGGGAUUGUUGGAAACUGUGUCGGAGAGACUUCGAAAAGUGCCUAGUAACAUCGAUAUGGCUCGUUAUCUCUCUGGUGAUUUGGACCUGCCCCGAUCCUCGUCGCGUUCAUCGUUUUGGACCAAAGCGCGAAGUGCGGCACGAAGAAUUCAAAAUAAAUUUAGUAUCAAAUGGAUAUGGCACCGUGAGGAAGAGGAAUUUCUAAUUCUGUGCGGGAAUGGCGCUGCAGGAAGGAUUACGCCGUCAUUAAGACACCAUUUAUUUAAAAGAAUGCGUUUACAGCUGGUUCAAUACUAUGCCAGUAAGCUCCAGGCCAAAAAGGACCAGGGAAAGGUGUUUGAGGUGACUCGCAAAACUGGUUUCUCAAACCAUUUUCUCAGAAGUGGAGGAAUAGUCGCUUCUGUGACUGGAGAUUUGUUCACCGUGCGCGGCUUGGUGUCUUGCCACUGA